CGGCCGUAGCCCCCGUGCAUCGUGCGGGCUGGGCCAAGCCCCCAAAUCAGCCCGAGGCAGGGGCUGUGAGCCCAGAGUCCCCCACCCCUCCUCCCCACCCCCCCAACGGACAUCCGCGACGGGGUCUGAGGGACGAGCCCAGGCACCGUCUGUGCAGUGAUGGUUUAUUCCGAGAAACAUAGUGAGAACUGAAAAAUGUCUGGAUUUCUUGAGAGCAUGAGAUGCUCAGAGUGCGUUGAUUGGGGAGAAAAGCGAAAUACAAUUGCAUCCAUUGCUGCUGGUGUGCUGUUUUUUACAGGCUGGUGGAUUAUCAUAGAUGCAGCUGUUAAGUAUCCUGACAUGGAACAGUUCAACCAUUCAUACCAUGCUUGUGGAGUUAUAGCCACUAUUGCAUUCCUAAUGAUCAAUGCAGUAUCGAAUGGUCAAGUUCGUGGUGACAGUUACAGUGAAGGCUGUCUUGGACAAACAGGCGCUCGCAUCUGGCUGUUUAUUGGUUUUAUGAUGGCCUUUGGAUCUCUGAUUGCUUCCAUGUGGAUCCUUUUUGGAGGCUAUGUUGUUAAAGAGAAACCAGUAGUCUAUCCAGGAAUAGCCGUCUUCUUCCAGAACGCAUUUAUCUUUUUUGGAGGACUGGUCUUUAAAUUUGGUCGCACUGAAGAUUUGUGGCAGUGACUGUCUGAGGAAGUGCAUCAGCCCUCUCUCUCUUUCCACUGCACGCUCCUGAUCUUUUUGUAAAACCAUUUUGUAAGCUGUUGCUCCUGGAUUAUGUCUGAGGAUAAAAUGAGCACAAUGUGGAAUCACGACACUAAUUUUUUUAUUCUGGUAAAAAUUUGUACUCUGCUGUUGGCUUUAAAUGGUGUGACUGUAUUUGACUGAAAUGAAAAGUUGAUGAAGGAAAAUGUAGCAAUGGAAGUCACUUUUUAUGGUAUAUUAUUUGUUACAAAUAAAUGUCGUAGAUGAAUAAUAGCUGUGUUUAACCAAGUGUUCUACACUCUCUAAGGUCCAAAAUGGCAAUUAAAAAUGCUUUAAAACAACCUUUAAAUAUAUUUAUUAAGAUACAAUAUUUCGUAUAUGUAAUAUUACACUAUAUAAAUAUUUCGUGAAUUUCAGAACUCUGGCCUGUGGCACUUUAUUUUCCACAAAAUACAGUUUUGUUUCUGUAUGAAUAUUUGGACUGCAAUAUUAUGACCUUUCAUAAGUAAUAGUCAAAUAAAGGUUUGUUAUUGCUGCAUGGAAAAA